UAGGGUUUUACCACGGCGCCGCUCUACACAAUAAAAUGAGCACCAACCUCCCUUUGCCUCCUCAGCCAUUUUCUCCCAUCUCAAAGGUUGAUCACGAAUCAAGAAGAUGGCGGCGGGCGGUGGCCAGGCGGCGGCGUCAUUCCUGACGAACGUGUCGCGGGCUGCGAUCGGGCUGGGCGUGGGCGCGUCGCUACUGAACGCAUCGCUGUACACGGUGGACGGCGGCGAGCGGGCGGUGCUGUUCGAUCGUUUCCGGGGAGUGCUGCCGGAGACGGUCGGCGAGGGUACCCACUUCCUCGUCCCCUGGUUGCAGAAGCCCUUCGUCUUCGACAUUCGAACCCGUCCGCAUAACUUCACCUCCAACUCCGGCACCAAGGAUAUGCAGAUGGUCAACCUCACCCUCCGCGUCCUCUCUCGCCCCGAUGUCCCACACCUGCCUACCAUCUUCACCUCCCUCGGCACGGAGUACGACGACAAGGUUCUCCCUUCCAUAGGGAACGAGGUCCUCAAGUCCGUCGUGGCCCAGUUCAACGCCGACCAGUUGCUGACUGAGCGCCCCCAUGUCUCCGCCCUCGUUCGAGAAUCCCUCAUCCGGCGUGCGCGGGACUUCAACAUAGUUCUCGAUGAUGUGGCCAUCACCCACCUUUCCUAUGGCUUCGAGUUCUCCAGCGCCGUCGAGAAGAAGCAGGUCGCUCAGCAGGAGGCCGAGCGGUCCAAGUUCCUUGUCGCCCGUGCUGAGCAGGAGCGUCGUGCUGCUGUCAUUCGUGCUGAGGGUGAGAGCGAGGCCGCUAAGCUCAUCUCUGAUGCCACCUCUGCUGCUGGUACUGGCCUUCUCGAGCUCCGUCGAAUUGAAGCUGCCCGCGAGAUCGCUUCCACUCUCUCCAAGACACCCAACGUGGCCUAUCUCCCCGGUGGGAAUAACAUGCUCCUCAGUGUCAACCCUACCCAAGCCCGGUAAAGGAGACGUAUUCCCUAACAUCUGCCAUGCUUUUAGUUUUCCAUUCAAUCUAGUUCUUCUUGUUUGCUAUUGGAUUCACAUUUAAUAACUUUCCUUUGUUUCAUACACACUUUUUUUUUUGCAUCAUCGCAUAGACAAACUAUGAAUGCUUAAUUUUGUGCUACAUUUUUGUAACACCAACUUUUGUGGUUUUAAAGAACUUGAUAUAUUUCUGAUGCAUGCA